CGCACCUACCUUGAUGGGCUUUCUGGAUGUAUGGGCUCGGUCUUGGGGAUUUAUGUAGCGUGUAUUAGUGGACAUUUUGUGUACCAAAGCGUCGGUGAAAGAUAAGAGCUCGCCAGUGCAGUUGGAUCGUUUGCAGGUGUGUCUGUCAGCGUUGGGACGUGUUAGUGGCGGCUGCAUUACAAAAGAAAAAAGACCCAGGAGCUUGGAGCAGGGUUGCAUACAGAAAAGUGCACACAGGGGCGUGCUGAAUAACAAGCCAAAUUCUGCACUGCAGUGGAUUUCCUCAGGUGUGUGCGGCGCAUCUGUGUGUGUGUGUGUGUGUGUGUGUGUGUCACACUUCACAGAGGACACAGAGAACAGGCCCCGUACCCGUUCACUUUGCCACUGGCAUCCGCAAAAGAACCUGCAGAACCUUGGGGCAUUGUCUGUAGGUCACCCUGUCCUAGGAAACUGUGCCACCCUCAUUUUCCAGCCCCCCGAUUUCCCCCCCUCUCUGUUCUAGGCAGUGUGGCGGCUAGUCUGUCUGCCCCACUACUGCCCACAGUCUGCCGAUGUGGAUCACGAAAGCACACAGGCCUCUGACUGGAGUGCUGUGACCGAAUGUCGGAGCCAUACAGUGGACUGUUAGAGAGCUAGACGUGGGGCCAAACUACAGACGUAAGUCAGAACGCAGACCCAUCGACUGGCCUUAAUCCUAAUAACAUAUAUUUAGUUUCAUUUUAGCUAGAAGACAUAAAUUCUGUCUCCACAGUUAUUUGGGGCUGCUUUUAACAGUUUUAUAGAACUAAAGGUGUGGAAUUCCACCUCAGGGAUCAGAUGUUUAUUUGUUUAUUUCCACUGUGUCAUCCAAGUCAUUGCGACACAGCAAAUCUCAGGCAGUAUCAGAGUUUUCCCAGGUUUAGGUGUGGACUUACAGUUUCACCUCAGGGAUUUUUGAUUGAUUUUUGUUUUGCAUUUUCUAUUAACUGACUCACUCAAUUCAUCUUAACCCACCAAAUCUCAGGAGUCAUCAGUGCUUUUGACUUUAGAACCAGCCUAUGAACUCCUGUUACCAUGGCAUCUGACAGUUUCCAGUAUCGAGCGCUCUUUGAGUACAAGCGAGAGCGCGGUGAUGACAUCAGCCUCCAGCCAGGGGACCUGCUCACUGUCCCCAAGGCCUCCAUGAUGGCCACAGCAGGACUGGACUACCAGGAAGGGGACGAGCGAAGCCCCAAAGGCUGGCUACACGGCACCAAUGAGAGAACCAAGGAGAAGGGAGACUUUCCGGGGACGUUUGUGGAGUAUGUUGGGGUUGUGAGAGUGGGCCCUCCUGCAGCCAAACCCUGGCCCAGGCCUGUACCCCCAACACCUGGAGGGUCACAGGCUGCUGGAGCAGCCACUGCCUCAGGUGAGGGGGAGGUGUGUGUUCUGUCUGACCAGGCCCCGGUGGCGGUCCGGAGACUCAUAGAGGCAAUUGAGAGACAAGGUUUGGACAAUGAGUCCCUGUAUCGAAACCCUCCGAUUUCCAGCGGGCCUGUGGAACUGAGGCAGGCUUUAGACACAGAUCCAGUCUCAGUGGAUUUGGACCAGUAUGAAGUUGUGGCUCUGACUGACACCCUGAGAGGCUUCCUGCAGGACCUGCCCACCCCGGUCAUCCCAGCCAUUGUCUACAGCGAGCUGGUCUACACUGCACAAGAGACCCAGAGUGUGGAGGAGUGUGGGGAGAGGCUGAAGAGGAUCCUGGAGUCUCCCAGUGUUCCCCAGGCCAACCACCAGCUCCUGGUUCAUCUCACCAGACACCUGGCCAGGGCAGGGCAGCACAGCCAAGCCAGUCCCAGGAUUUUGGGACAGGCCUUCUCUGAGGCCAUCUUCAAGCACUCACUGUUCAGUGCUGAUGUGAACCCGGAACACCACAUUAGGAUCCUGGAGGCGCUUAUAGCAACAGGGGGUCUAAUGGAAAUGCAGGCUGCACCAGCUCUUCCCCCAAAGCCGGCCAAGCCCCAGCAGCCCUCCUCGGUGGGGGUGGGAGGGGGCAGCAGUAAUGGGGCGAAGGAAGGAGGGGCAGGAGGCUGCCUGCAAGAAGCUGAGUGGUACUGGGGAGACAUAUCCAGGGAAGAGGUGAAUGAUAAGCUCAGAGACAUGCCUGAUGGGACCUUCCUAGUCCGGGACGCCUCUACCAAGAUGCAGGGCGACUACACACUCACACUGAGGAAAGGGGGAAACAACAAGUUGAUAAAGAUCUACCACCGGGAUGGAAAGUAUGGCUUUUCAGACCCUCUGACGUUCAGCUCGGUGGUAGAGCUCAUCAGCCAUUACAGACACGAGUCCUUGGCCCAAUACAACACCAAACUGGAUGUAAAACUGAUGUACCCCAUCUCUCGCUACCAGCAGGACCAGUUGGUAAAGGAGGAUAACAUUGAUGCCGUGGGGAAGAAGCUGCAAGAAUACCACAAUCAGUACCAGGAGAAGAGCAAAGAGUAUGACAGACUGUAUGAAGAAUAUACCAAGACAUCGCAGGAGAUCCAGAUGAAGCGGACGGCCAUCGAAGCCUUCAACGAGACCAUCAAGAUCUUCGAGGAGCAGUGCCACACGCAGGAGCGCUACAGCAAGGAGUACAUUGAGCGCUUCCGCCGCGAGGGCAACGACAAAGAGAUAGAGAGGAUCAUGAUGAACUAUGAGAAGCUCAAGUCUCGGCUGGGCGAGAUCCACGACAGCAAGGUGCGCCUGGAGCAGGACCUGAAGACACAAGCCAUGGACAACCGCGAAACAGACAAGAAGAUGAACAGCCUCAAGCCAGACCUCAUCCAGCUCCGCAAGAUUAGGGACCAGUAUCUAGUCUGGCUCAAUCACAAAGGAGUGCGUCAGAAACGAAUUAACGACUGGCUGGGGAUCAAGAAUGAGAACACUGACGAGGGGUACUUUGUGAGCGAGGAGGAUGAGAACUUACCCCACUACGAUGAGAAGAGCUGGUUUGUCGGGGACCUGAACAGGACGCAGGCGGAGGAGCUGCUGCUUGGGAAGCCAGAUGGAGCGUUCCUCAUCCGUGAAAGCAGCAAAAAGGGCUGCUACGCCUGUUCUGUCAUUGUUGAAGGUGAGGUGAAGCACUGUGUCAUCUACAGCACACCACGCGGCUACGGCUUCGCUGAGCCCUACAACCUGUACAGCAGCCUGAAGGACCUGGUGCUCCAUUACCACCAGACCUCCCUGGUGCAGCACAACGACUCACUCAACGUGCGCCUCACCUACCCCGUCUACGCACAGAUGCCCUCCGGACGCAGAUGAGCCCCACCCGCCCAGCCACACCCCCCAACAUAGACAACUGAUGAACCCCACUUUGGGGGAGGGAGAACGGGGAGAACAGGGAGAGGGGGAGGGAGGGGAGGGGACGGGACGGGACGGGACGGGAGGGGGGUGUUGAAAUAUGUACCUACAAAGCCACCCCAACACCAGACAAGAAAAAAGAUAGAUAGAAACGAAUGAAACACUUGCUGCAACACACACGUCAGCCACCUUGGAGUUAUACAUAUAUAUUUUUACAAGAACAAUUUCGGAGGGCAUUCUUUCUAAAGACUGCUUGAUUUGCACAAGGAAGUUUUAAAUGUUUGUGAAUGUGAAAAAAAAAAAGUGACGGAAGGAAGGAAACGGAGUAGGAGACUUCAGAGUUUCAGGUUGACCCCGCUGCUACCUAAACUCCAGCUCAGACUUUUAACAGAAACUCAAAUACACGAAUGACGACGACAGACGCUCCCAUUUUAACCUUUUUUUUGUUUUCUUUUUGUUUGUAUUUUCACAGACAAUUAUGUUAUCACUUUUUCUUUUGGAGUCGUUUUGUUUUGUACUCAGACAUUUCCCUUUUUGCUUAUUCCUAGCUUGUUUGCUAAAUGCAAGAGGAGGUGAUGAUGAUGAUGAUGAUGAUGAUGUCAAGUGUCUGUUCUCUGUCCCUCUCCGUACAAAAAGCAAAAACAAUGUAGCAUAACGAGACAACGGACACUUAUUUUCCUGAGUGUUCCUCCAUGUAGAUUGCUGCUGAGGGUUUUGGGGAGGGGAGGGGGGUGGCAAAGGGAGGGAGAGUCACAAGACACAAAAAAGGUUUUUGUAGUCUUAAAAGAAGACAAAGGCUUGCUUUUAUACUAAUUUCUAGAGAGAAAGAGUUUUUUGCUUGCUUUGCUGGAACAUAGUCGUUUUCCUUUGCCAUGUGUAAAUGGUAACGUCACAGAUCAGAACCAGAGACCAAAGUUGGUGUGGAGAGGGAGGGGGAGCAAAGAGUCCACCAUUGUGUGUUUCUUUGUUUUUUGAAUGGAGAAAGGAGAGGGAAAGCAAACGAGUGCUGUGUUUGAGACCACACAUAAAACAAAGUUUUGGGCCACGUGCUUGUGCACUAAUAGCUCUGACAUUUUGGAAACCAAAUGGUACAUACAGAGGGAACACCACCCGUGACCUUUAGAGACGGUCGAGUAAGAAGCACUUAUACCAGAGCAAACAAGGUUGCAAGUGGUCAGUUGCACCAAAAUCAUCUUCUGAGGGAAAACGUGAAGGAGAAAAAAAAAAACAUUACCAUGACCUGAAACCCAUUUUAUGUGUGGUUUAAAAGAAGAGAAAUACUUAUAUGCUAAUGUCUGUGGGAUGAUAAACUGCGACUGUUUGUGUAUUUGUUACAAAACCUUCAGAAAUAAGCUUUGAUAAAAAAAAAAAAAUAAUGUUUUAUGUGUAACACAAAAAAAGCAGGUAGAAGGAGGCGAGCUGAAGACACAUGCUUUAGAUGAUGAUGAUACUAAAAACUUGAAGAACGUGCAAUCCAGCGUUGUGUUAUGAUUAUGUAGGUCAGCAGUCAAGCAGUGAGAGCUGCACUAAGGCCCCCAACUGGGGUUCAGAGAGAUAAUCAAAGUGCACAGUGAAGCUUUUGAAGUGAAAUUCAUCUUUGUUUGUCUGAUUGCUUAUGUUACUUUUUUUUUUUUUUCUUUUUUUUUUUAAUUCAAAAACUUCUUAGCCGGUGCUUGACUUUAUAACCAGUGGAAACAUUGUCUGUCAACAAAGAAGUAUAUACCAUCACCCAAUAAAAAUGUUUUCAAAAACUGCAGAAAAAACACAACCAAGUUGCAUUCUAUUCUUCUUGGAAAUUAAAAUUCUCCAUUCGGAUUGGCUUGUUGUCUUAAGGCUACCAAUUCUAUCCAUUCGCGGUUCCUAGGGGAGACCUGUCUGAGACAAUGGGGUCAAUGUUGUAUCUCAGGGGACCUGGUUUUCCCAGACAGUCGUCCCCUCCCCUCCCUGCCGGCCUGUCUCUUAAUCUGCAACCCUAUUUUUAGGUCCUGAUGACAAGGGAAGGUUAGUGGAGCUGCGAGGGGGCUGAUUUCAUGACCCUGGCUUGUGGCAAACAAAGGCAGCUGUUGUCAAUUAGCCACACUCAGCCUUUGCCCAUACCAGAGCUUCACCCCCUUUCUCCAAACUAGCGCCCCACUCUUUGGCUCUAGCGCGACACGCAUACACACACACACCGUUCCAGCACUAGUUAAAUUUUACAGGACAGCAGAUGUGUGGGUGUCUAUGAAAAAAAAAAAAAAAACCCUCUUAAAGUUCUUUGCAAGAGGAGACGACGCUGGUUACAAAGUCAGACAAGCACCCCUAUGUCGUCUGCGGUGUCUUUCACAGCAUGAUAAGCCAGCGUGGGGAGUGUAUGGUCCACACACACACACACACACACAUACAUACACAUACACAGUAGUAUGUCUGAAGGAGAGUGUCUUGGGUGAGAUAUGCCGGUUGGACGAGGGACAUUGUUUGAGAGUGGUGCUGCGGAGUCACUGGGAGUGAAUGAUACAACUUUGGUUGUAGCCCACCAUGUGUCUAUCUACACCCGUCUCAAUGUCCUCCUCAACACCCAACCCUAGACUGCGUCACCUUUAUCCAUAGCCCUCCCCGUACCCUCUGUCCCCUCCCUUUUUCUCCCCCCUCUGCCCACGCCCUUGGCCCUUGGGUGCUGAGAUAAGGUAGAUGGAGGGGAGGAAGGGAGGGCUGGAGGUUGGGGAGCUGAAAGCCACUGAUAGCAAGUACUUGUAGAGGGGGUGGUUGACAAGCAGUCUUGCCUCUUUUCACCGCAGACUGAAUCAGAUAGGUGCAUUCUUUGUGUCUGGUCCCUCCCAGUAUUCCCUGCUAAGCUAGCAGCAGUGAGCAGGGCGGAAGAAAUAAAGUGACCGUGUCAGCGCAGUUGGUCAGAAUUGGAGCUGUAAAGGUUGCAGGGUGACAAGUUGCAGAUUUCAUCUCUGCCUGUUUUGUGCAUCCUUUUCUUGGCCAGCUAUGAUGACGACAGUGUCUCUACCUUGUUCUCUCUCUUUGACGAAGAUUCAGGCAGUCUUUGGUUUCACAGGGGGCAGACAGGCGGGGUAUGUUGAUAUAAUGUUGAAUGUACAAAAGGAUCAGUCUGGGUCCAAAGCAUUUUAGCACCACGGUCAUGUUUGUCCUUUAGACAAAAGACGAUCUUAACUCUAAGGUGCUUUUUGGAAAACGCAGGUCUGUUGGAUUAGACAGACUGUUUUUUUUGUCUCCAUCUCGUUUUGGUCAAGACCCUCAGGUGGGACAAGCCGGUUGUCUGCAAAGUUUACUGUUGUACUACCACACAAUGAAGCCAGCGAUUUGAAAAAUCAGGGUUUUUUUCUGCUUCGAUAAUUACACACAAUCACUCAGUCAAUUAAGCUAGAUUUUAGCAUGGGUGUCCUCACCUCAAGAGGCUUGUCCCUCGUGGCUUCCUGUAGCUUAGAAACAUUAUCACCAAAAGGAUCUUUUAGUCUUUCCUUCCCUUCCAUCAACACAGUCUGAGGGUUUUGUUGUUGUUUUUACUGACUUUGGGUUUUGUUUUUUCAAAUAGGGAACUCAAAAAUCCCUAACUCUAUUACUUGAACUAUUGCAUUGCUCACUGUUGAAUGUCUUUAUAUGAAAAUAUACAUUUAUUAAAAAAAAAAUGAAGAGUUCCCGUUUGUUUUAUGGUGAGCAGGGCCGAAGUUUGACAUUUUAAAAUUUUAUGACAGAUGUACAGUAUUCGUUACAGAUACAGGCAUCAUAUAGUUACUCUAGGAGGGAAGGAGGCGCUUUUUGAAACUUUCUCAGAGAUAUGUUUGGAUCUUUUACUUCACAGAGGGCUUGUCUGAAAUUGCACACAUCAUCUAGAAAAGACUUGUGUUAAUACUUCUUUGUGUGUCUGCGCGUAUAUGUAUGCAUCCUCAGUCACAGACAUUUACAUUGAGAUAUAGUAUCUAUGAAGUUGAAAGAAAAUACAGUUGUAAGGGUUGUUUGGUUUAUAGUUGCUUUGUUAUUUUCUCUUCACGGUUCCCCCCCGACAUUUAGACCAAAGAUUUCAGUUCUUGUUAUCCUGUAUUUGUCAGUUAUCAGUCGAAAGGGACGUUUCAGUGACACAUUUUGCAACAAUAUUAUCUCCAUUGCCUUGAUAUUACCAGAACUCAGAAGCCAAUAUCAUGCUAGUUUUGUUGUGUGAAUGAGUGUUCCCCGUACGGUUGGCUAGGAUUUUUUUUCCAUAAUCACUGUAAUGAUAAAAGGUUGGGUCAGCGGUGUUCAGACAUCUUCAAACAGGUACUUCAGUGGUGUGUCAGCUGGGAUUAAUCGCACAAUCCUAGUUCAAUGAUGUCCCGAUUGCCAGUUUCAGUCUGCAUCUGUUGUUUUUGUUCACAAAAAAGUCUUGCAUCCAUUAGACAGGGGCCUCUUUUUAUAGAUUCAAGCUGAUCUGCACUCAUUAGUGUGUGCCAUCGGUGUGAACCCUCACAUGUUAGGGAUUUUGAAAACCUGUUGAUUUACCAAAAGUCCCAAAAUAAUGACUUCUUCACUCAUGCUACCCAUAUUUGCACAUGAUGACCGUAGCUGGAGUUUGGUUUGCAAUUCUUUGUCUUUCUAUUUCUGUGUUGAAAGAUCGUGUAUAUUGUCGGUACCCUGCGGAAAUUCAUUUUCAGGAAUUGAGGAAAAAAUACGGUUUUGUUUUAAUUGAUGGUCAUGCAUUUUUCACAUUUUAUCCACACAGUGGACAGUGUCAGCUGUCAAUAUUAAACGGAGCAGUUAUAGAUCCAGGGUUUCUGCAUGACACAGGUGAUCUACAGUGCCCCAUUCGUGGGAAGGUUGCGCAGGUUUUUCUAUUUAUUUUUUCCAAUGUUCCCAUUUCUGUCUGGCAGGGGUUUAGUGAUUGAGAGUGUUUUCUUUCAAGUGCAUUUCCACACGAGAACCACGUUAUGUUGUUUUGAAUGUGGAUAUGCACAUAGUAAUACUAAGGACAGCUGAAUGGAAGAGCAGUUGAGAGGGUUAGUGGGACAAACCAAAAUAUUUGUUCUGUCAAGUUUACUUUUAUUGACUGUUUAGUUGAGUUUUCACUUUUGAAAACUUCAACUCUAACAAUAACUCCAGGAACAGGCUUAGGUUUACUUUAAGAAUAAAAGGUACAACAUUUUGUUUCAUUAAAAAGGUGCAGUCCAACAAAAGGUACGGUGCUGUACCUUGUUUUUGGAGUGUGUUUAUACUCACUACCACCCCAGGACUGUUAAAAUAGCAACUGUCUGUUGUUCUUUACUACUACUACUACUCGCCCUCAAGCAGUUCUGCAAAGUUUUAUUUGCAGCCAGGUUUGAAUAUGUUUGUGAUUCUCACCAAGGAGUCUUGUGUGUUCUUACCACUGCUUAACUGAUCACAGUACCCAGCACAGCUUCAAGGAGUACAGCUUCUUAUAAAUAUAUACAUAUACAUAUAUAUAAAUAUAUAUAUUAUAAAAAGAACUUUUAAAAAAAUUAACUAAAAAAAGAAUUAAAAAAAGUGUAUAUGACACUCUUUCCCCUUUACCCCUUUUGACAUACGUACAGAUCCAGCAUGCAUCUUUGGUACUCUUGACUGUUGUUUUUUGUGUAUAAAAGAAAAAUGGUAAAAAGAUGUUUUAAAAAAACAACUGUUAUUUGUCUGUUUAUGGUGUAUUCAGAUCUGAAUUUAAUAUAGCAAACUUAACAUCACUGCUUACAGCUGAAACAAGUUCCAGUCCUUUUUGUGUCAGUUGUACAAUGCUAUAACAACAUAAUACUGAGAAAGAGGGCCACCACUAACAGUAAAAAAAAAAAAAAAAAAAAAAA